AUGAAAAAAUCAGGAGGAAAUAAUCACUCUGACCGUGUGAGUGAAUUUGUUCUUCUUGGAUUCCCUUGUACCUCAGAGAUUCAGAUCUACCUCUUCACACUCUUCUCUGUGACCUAUGUCUUAACAUUGAUUGGAAAUCUGUGCAUUAUAUGUGCUGUGAGGUGGGACCACCAUCUCCAUACCCCCAUGUACAUCUUUCUGGCCAAUUUCUCCUUCCUGGAGAUCUGGUAUGUCACCUCCACAGUCCCCAAUAUGCUAGCCAACUUUCUCUCUGAGAUGAAAACCAUCUCUUUCUCUGGUUGCUUCCUCCAGUUCUACUUCUUCUUCUCCAUGGGCACCACUGAGACCUUCUUCUUGUCUGUCAUGGCCUUUGACAGGUACCUUGCCAUCUGCAGGCCCCUGCACUACCCCUCUAUCAUGACAGUCCGAAGCUGCCUCAGAAUGGGAGCCUGCUGCUGGUUGUGUGGCUUCACCUGUUUCCCGCUCCCAGUUUAUCUCAUCUCCCAGCUCCCUUUUUGUGGCCCCAAUACUAUUGAACACUUUCUAUGUGACCCGGGGCCCCUUAUGAAGCUGUCCUGUGUGCCAGCUUCUGCCACUGAGCUCAUCACUGCCAUCUUUAACUCGGUCCUCAUUUUCUCCACCUUCCUCUUCAUUACCAGCUCCUACACCCUAGUAAUCAGAGCUGUGCUGAGGGUCCCCUCAGCAGAAGGCCGACGUAAGGCCUUCUCCACAUGUGGCUCCCACCUGGCUGUGGUGUCUCUGUUUUAUGGCUCCAUCAUGGUGAUGUAUGUGAGUCCAACAGCAGGCAAUCCAGUUGGAAUCCAGAAAAUUGUGACUUUGUUUUAUUCUGUGUUGACUCCACUUUUCAACCCCUUGAUCUACAGUCUACGAAAUAAGGAGAUGAAGGACGCCCUGAGGAAACUAUUUAGGACUUUGAGAUUUGCUCAAAGACAGCCACUCAAGAACUAGAAUUCAUAAUUUAUGUAUGUGUAGGACAUAUAGUGGUAUAAAAAUAUAGACGGUCUUAAGUAAACUUGGGAGACAAAUAUCUGUUUCUAUAUUCCCUGGAAUCUUUUUAGGGAUGAAUUUAAAUGAAGCAAAUAGCAUAUGAGAUCUUAAAAGUACUUACAUAAA